GGAUGUCACCCGAGCCGCUGGAUAUACGAGCUGAUACACAAUAACUUUACUGUCUGCGACCUCUUUCAGCGAGCCCGCAAUGCCAAUCUAGAUAGCCACUACAAUUGGGAGCACCCUCACCAGCUAGUCAUCAAUGGAAACCAGUCCUUCUCAACCGCGUCGUCAAAAGUCCUCUCCGCUAUUUGCCUGGACUGCCAUUUCCACUUCAUGUUCCGGGUCGAGUGGGAACGCGAGCAGGAGGACCUGUCGUGCCAUCACAGCCAGAGUCAGUGGCCCCUCGGAGACACCCAAUUUCCCUGGCACCAUUUGGCUUGGGCAUGCUCCGAGGAUGAGAAGCGCAUCACGCAGGAGCGAUCAAAGUACUAUCCGCUGCUGGCUCGCGAGUUCUUCGUCUGCACUGCUGCGCCAUGCACGGUUCAGAUUACACUCGAGGUCUCGGAGCCGCGGAUGCCUUCAUCAUGGGUCAAGCUCCUGCUGGACCACGAGACAAUUCUUCAACAGCUCAAGGCUGCGAGGGAAAACGAGCCUGCACGGUAUGAAACCGCGACAGACGACUGGGCCUACCAGGCACCAUCGAACCUCAACACCUAUCUCAAAAACCUCCUGGAAGCGACCCCUGAUUCGGCUCGGAGCAUAUCCAAACGAAACAAGCGGUUUUGUGUAUUGUUCGGCCCACGUUGCUUCCACAUAUUCCGAGAACUAGAGUUUAAGGAGGUGGUAGACAUGCAGGAUGGGGUCGACGAGGGUUCAUUCACGCCAACAGCUCCGCCACCAGCCGACGGCCCGUCCAAAAGCACGGAAGUCAACACCUACCGCGCCUAUCUCGAGGACGUGCGCUCCGAAGUGCAGAAUCUCAUAUUCAAGUCGGGCAACACGGCAGAAAGUCCUACGUUCUGCAUCGCCGCUCUGCAUAAUCACUUGGGCUGUGCGGAAGUCCCUCGUGUCAGCGAAAAUGCGCUGGUGAAUCUGGAACGAUACAAGCUCAUGGGCGUCCUACCGACCCAGUCCAAAGAGAUCGUAGUGAAUGCCUAUAAGAGACAGUGGGAUCUGCUUCCCUCUAGGCGAAGGGAUCUGGUGGAAGCAUUGAUGGCCAUCGCCAAUGAUUCAAACGAUGACCUCUUAUCCGACUAUGCCAUUACCCAAUCGUCCGUCUUCGAGAGCCAACUCCAGAGACACAGCGGAGACGACGACGACGGGCUUGUCGCUCAGGCGUUGGAGUACUUUUCGCUGAGCCCGCCAAACACUCACAGCGCGGAUGCCAUACUCCAGGCAUUCAGGGAAAAGGUGGCGCGAGAUCCUUUUGAUGCGAGCACUGCCAGGAGCAUGCUCCUCUUAAUCGCCAGGUCUUCGAAGGAUGACUCUUACCAGAUGAAGCUUGUUCUAGAGGCUGACCCCAAGAUGACGCUGGAGACUUGCAAGGUUGUCCUUCGCCUAAAGACUCUGGAUGGCCCAUGGGAAGACAUGGUUCGCGCCACCAAAGAGUUGCUAAACAACGCUCCUUCAAGCGAAGCCAAGGCUACAUACCUCGACGCUUUGGACUCCAUUGCCGAGCAUACAGCUUCACCGUCACUCAAGCAAGCCGUGCUGGAACUUCGCAAUGAAUUCAACCUUGGCAUUUCUGAGUCCGACGGCACCACCUCUGGCGAUGCCAGGGCGACCAACUUGAACCUUCCCCUAGGACUGCACAAUAUCGGCAACACUUGCUACUUGAACAGUCUACUACAAUAUCUCUUUACCGUGAAACCAAUUCGAGACAUAGUGCUGAAUUAUGACAGCUUUCGGCUCGGUCUGGAUGAUGAGAGCAUACGAGAGCGCCGACUUGGUGGUAACAAGAUGCAAAUGGACCGCGGAGAAGCCGUUGAAAUGGCUACUCUCUUUAAGACACUUCGUACUUCAGACCGGACCGCUACCCGGCCGUCUCAGAGGCUGGCAAACGCGGUUCUGCUGUCGACACACACGCUCUUAUCCAGUCCCAAACAGCCUUCGGAGACGCCCACAGCUCCAAACCCUCCGCCGCUGCCUGCGCGUCCGUCACCUGCCCCCCCGACGAAUAGCCAAGAUGAUGUCAACAUGGUCAACGUUUCGGUUCAGGCUGUAUCUGACUCGCUUGAAACCCAAAGUAGCUCUAGCACGCAAACUCUGGUCAACCAGGAUGAUGCACGGUCUGAUCACUCCUAUGAGAAGGUGGAGACUGUCAUAGAAGAAGAAGCAAGCCAGCCUUUCCUGGCCGCUACGGGAGGCUCGGGAGAUGAUGUCUCGAUGGUCGAGGCCCCGCUGGACGACAAGAAACCUGCUGUCGACAUGGAUCUGGACGAGUCCAAAGGCACGCCCGUCAGCGCAGGGCAAGAAAAUCCUGACAUCGACAUGACUGACGUGGAGAAGCCUCCUGAGACGGUGGACCAAAAAGUUCUCAACGCGCUCGAGCAUCAGAAGAGGUCUUCGGGAACUGACCAGCAGGACGUCGAGGAAGUCAUGGGGAGCAUUCUCAAUCGUCUCCAAGCAGCAAUUCGCCCAACAUCGGUCGAUAGCGAGACGGGCAUCCAGUUCGAAAAGAUCAUGGAGACUUUCUUUGUGACAACGGUCAACUACACCAAGAAGUUUGACGAACAGGAGUAUCAGCAUGAGAUUAGCUUUGAUCGGUCCAUCACGGCGUUCCCAGCCACCGAAGGUCCUUGCUCACUAUACGACGCCCUUGGAAGAAACUUUGAUCAGCAGAUUUUGGAGGACAGCAAGCUUUCGCGAUACACUGCCAUCAAGACACUGCCGCCUGUGCUGCACAUUCUGAUUCAGCGUUCGCAGUCCAUGGGCAACAAGAACGGCAACCCGGUGGUCAUUCCCGAAACACUGUACCUGGACCGGUACAUGGACGCUCCUCACGAUUCGCCCACCUUCCGUCAAAGGGUGCAGGACUGGAUAACGGCAGAACGAAUCGGCGACUUGAAGUCUCAACUAUCCAAAGUCGUGGCCAACCCUCGAUACAUGACAUUCCUUCAGACGUACGGGAGCGGAGAUGGAACGGCCGAGGAGACGACGAAUGAGCCUGCGGUGGGAGCUGAAGAGCCAUCGAAGCAGCAAGAGAACUGGGAUUUUGAUGGGCCUGUCGAAGACGACUUUUUGCUCGUCUCACCAGCAACCAUGAGAGCGGCAGCGGUCGGACAACCAGUGGCCAGGUUGGAAGAUAUCCAGAAAACGCACGCCACAGUGCUCGAAAUGAUGGAAAAGGAACUGCGACAGCGGCAAGAGGCGCUCGACAACAGCCUGAACAGCCAGAAGCAGAUUGCGUACCGGCUCCACGCCGUCAUUUGCCAUCGCGGCCACCUGAUGUCAGGUCACUACUGGGUCUGGAUCCACGAUUUCGAGGCCAAUGUUUGGAGGUGGUAUAAUGACGCGGACGUCAAGGAAAAUAAAGACACGGCAGAGGUGCUGCGCACUCUUAGCACGAGCGGGGAGCCGUAUUAUCUUUGCUAUGUCCGCGACGAAGACAAGGAGCAAUACGUCAGCAUUCCCAAGAGAGAAAUCCCCAAG